GGUAAAUCCGUCAUUAGACUUUAAACAAUCCAUUUUCCCACCACAGAUGGGUGGUGACUGGGGACAGUUCAUUCCGCGCUCUCCAACUUCCCCGACCAAUACUCUGGCAGCUUUCUUCGAAGGAAUGCACGUUUUAGCUUCCAAUCCUCCACUCCGCUACGGGUUCCGAGAUCCCAGGCGCUACGGCCGGCGCGAGGUCUUGGAAGGGGCCUUUUCGGGCUGUUCUCGUAUUAAGACGACAUCUAAUCUGACUGCGGAUGAGGCUUCUCUGUCAUCUUCACUUCAAAAGUCAAUUACAAUUCAUCUAGGGGAAGUAUCGAGGAAUAUCAUUCCUUCCAUUACACGCCGAGUGCUUUUUUCCAGUCCAGCUAUAUGCCUCUACUUGAAUUCUUCAAGGUACUUUUCAGUGAUUGCUUUAGGGGAUACCACUGUCACCAUUGAGGAAGUGACCCCUCCUGUUUUUUCCUCUGGUCCUCUCUUUCCUUCUGAGGGACGAACGGUACAACUUUUUGAGAAAAACACAUACUCUGUUGUUAACAUUUUUGAUGUUACCUUACGACCACAACUUAAUGUGACUGGUGUAGUUGAGGUGCCCGAAGGAAAUGGUUCUGGUGUAGUAUGGGAUGAUACUGGACAUGUAGUGACAAAUUACCAUGUGGUUGGCAAUGCUCUAUCAAGGAACCCAGUUCCAUAUCAAGUUGUUGCCCGCGUCAACAUUCUUACUUCUGAAGGAAUACAAAAGAAUUUUGAGGGAAAGCUGGUAGGUGCAGAUCGUGCCAAGGAUCUUGCUGUCUUAAAGAUUGAAGCUCCUAAAGAUCUACUGAAGCCAAUUAAAUUGGGACAAUCAUCUGUUCUUAAAGUUGGUCAGCAAUGUUUAGCAAUUGGAAAUCCCUUUGGUUUUGACCAUACUCUUACGGUUGGGGUUAUAAGCGGGCUUAAUCGUGACAUUUUUAGUCAAGCUGGAGUCACAAUUGGAGGCGGUAUUCAAACUGAUGCAGCCAUCAAUCCUGGCAAUAGUGGCGGUCCGUUGUUAGAUUCCAGAGGCAACAUGAUUGGCAUCAAUACAGCAAUAUUUACUCAAACAGGGACAUCGGCUGGAGUAGGCUUUGCAAUUCCAUCUUCAACUGUUCUUAAGAUUGUUCCUCAGUUGAUCAAAUUUGGAAAAGCUGUUCGUGCUGGUUUAAAUGUUGAGGUUGCUCCGGAUCUUGUUGCUAAUCAACUAAACGUUAGAAAAGGAGCUCUGGUGCUGCAGGUUACUGCUAAUAGUCUUGCAGCAAAGGCUGGUCUGCUUCCCACAACAAGAGGUUUUACAGGCAGCAUACUUCUGGGUGAUAUCAUUCUUGCGGUUGAUGAGAAGCCUGUGAGAAAUAAAGCAGAACUAUUUAAGGUUCUGGAUGAUUACGAAGUGGGAGAUAAGGUUCUUUUGAAGAUUCAGAGGGGUGAUCAAAGCUUGGAAUUGCCCCUGGUUUUGGAGGAGACUAGCGCCUAAACAAAUCUGGGUUUCAAACCUUCAAGUUCACAAGUAAGCAUUCCAUGGCAGUAAUAGCAAUCAGUAUUCAGUAACAAUGCCAAUUUACUACGUUUUCAGCAAGAAAUAUGGCACUUGUUAGCGUAAAUCGAAUAUAUAUUUGCAGUUGGAAUCAUUUAUACUUAACCUCAGCAAUAUUAUCAAUCAUUUGGGAUUCAUGGCUAUCACCAGCAUUCAAAUUAAGGCUUUGUACUGUUUUUUAAAAUAAUUUUUUAGUAUAAAAAUUUUAAUUUUUAUAUUGAAAAAUUGCUUUAAGCAGUAAGAAAACCGUCCCAAACGAAGCCUAAAUGAAUGCUUAGCUGAUUGUGUUAGAGACAUCAUGAAUAUGGGAAAUGGCUUUGUAUUGAAGGCCUAGCUAUUGCGAGGCUGAUGUGGAGGUGUAAAGUCUUGUUGAGUCGAGUUUGU